UAAAGUCCAUUACAGCAACAAGCUUCAGUUCCCAGCACCAUCCCUGCAGAGAGCAGCAGGGCUUGCAGGGUGGCAGAACCAGCUGGUUCAGGUGGGUUUUGGUAUGGCGAAAAGUAACUGGAGCUCCUUCUUCCUGGUGCUUGCUCUCACAGGUCCUGCUCACCAUGCUGAUUCGUACCUGCUUCUUUUUUGCCUGCCUGCCUGUGGCGAGCCACGUCUGGGGACGAGGGGGGCAAGGGUCAGGCCGGCUGAAACUCACAGUCCUUUCAGAAGACAGGCUCCAAAUGAAAUGGAAAGAAACCGAAGGAAACAUCAGUGGCUACAAAGUGCGGGUGAAGCCCAUGGCAGGGGACUCGGAGCAAGAAGUCAUGCUGAAAACAAAGACUCCCAAAGCCACAGUGGGGGGGCUGAGCCCUACCAAGGAAUACACACUGCAGGUCUAUGUGCUCAAUGGCUCCCAGGAAGCCUUAUUCGCCAAGAGGAAAUUUGUGAUAGAGGACCUUAAAAAUGCAUCCCAGACUAGAAAUAACCGAAGGAGCUCAGGAGCUGCACCAGGAAAGAAUCUCACCUCUGCGGGCAGCUCAACAGCAGUGCAGAGCCUGGAGAUGGAGACUGCUCCACCACCCCUGAGCACCGUCGUGACACAUCCAGCAAAGGACAGAGCUGAAAAGAAAAGGCACAAAGGGACUCAGCCCAAGGGCUCAGGAGAAACCAUGAGGAACCAGCCCAGUGUUGGUGUGACACAAACACCAUCACCAACCACAAAGUCAUCCCAGCGUAUCACUGCAAACGUGGAGCGAGAGUCUCUAGGAAAAGAAAAACCCACAAGGGAUUCACUGAGGAGAGGUUACCAGUUCCAGUGUGACACGUCUGCCAUGACCGAUAUCGUCCUGCUUGUGGAUGGAUCAUGGAGCAUUGGGCGCAACAAUUUCAAGCUCAUUAAAGAGUUCCUGAGCGCUUUAAUUUCCCCAUUCAAUAUUGCCCAAGACAAGAUAAGAGUAGGGCUGUCCCAGUACAGCAGCGAUCCCCGCACAGAGUGGGAUCUGAGCGCUUAUGCUACGAGGGACCAGGUGCUGGAGGCAGUGAGGAACCUGCGCUACAAGGGUGGCAACACCUUCACAGGCCUGGCGCUCACCCAUGUCCUGGAACAAAAUCUGAAACCAGAUGCUGGUGCCCGGCUGGAAGCUGAGAAAUUGGUAAUCGUCCUGACUGAUGGAAAAUCCCAGGAUGAUGCCAACCUGGCUGCUCAGACCUUGAAAAACAUGGGCAUAGAGAUAUUUGCUAUUGGGGUGAAGAACGCGGAUGAGGCUGAGCUGAAGCAGGUGGCUUCAGAGCCGCUGGAGCUCACAGUGUACAACGUGCUGGACUUCCCCCUGCUCAGCUCCUUGGUUGGCAGGCUCACCCGGGUCCUCUGCAGCAGGAUCAAAGAGAGGAGCAGCAAGGAGAGUGCAGGUAGAGCUGUGAAAGACAUCCCUACAAAUACGGGUCCACAGCUGAGCCCAACAGACCUUAAAAUAUCAGCUGUGACUUCUAAAAGCAUGCACUUGGCCUGGAGUCCUCCUCUGAGUCCACCAAAGAAAUACCGGGUUGUGUACAACCCAUCGAAGGGCGGCACUCCCAAGGAGGUGCUUCUGGAUGGAGCUGUCUCCUCUCUGUGGCUUUCCAACCUGACCUCGCACACAGAGUACCUGGUGUCAGUGUUUCCCAUUUAUGACGCAGCCGUUGGGGAUGGGCUGAGAGGCGUCACCUCCACAUUGCCUCUGUCUGCCCCCCGCUCCCUGCGUGUCUCUGAGCUGAGCCACAACAGCAUCAAGCUGAGCUGGAAGGCAGCUCAGGGAGCCACACAGUACCUGGUGCUCUGCUCUGCAGCCCCCGAUGGAGAAGAGGACUAUUCGACAGAGAUGAAGGUGGCUGAGCCCGAGGUCCUGCUGGACGGGCUGUCACCCAGCACUGAGUACUCCAUUGCAGUGUAUGCGUUGUAUGGGGAAGAUGCCAGUGAUCCAGCCAGCAUCCAGGAAACCACCUUGGCCUUGAGCCCUCCCAGGUACCUGAGCUUCUCAGAGCUCAGCCACUCAUCCGUGCGGGUCAGCUGGGAGCCAGCAUCACUGGCAGUGAAAGGUCAUCGUGUCACCUACGUGUCUAGCAGAGGGAGCAACACUGGGGAGAUUGAGGUUCUUGGCACUGCAGUGUCCACUGUCCUGAGACCACUGUCCUCCCUCACCCAGUACUUCAUCAGUGUCCGAUCUGUGUAUGAUGAGGGUGACUCCUUUCCAAUCACUGGCAACGUCACCACUUUGAAGGUCCCCCCGCCGCGGGCGCUGAAGGUUUCUGAGCUCUCUGAGAACAGCCUCCGUCUGCACUGGGAAGCUGUCGCUGCCUCCGAUGUGGUUGUCUAUCAGAUCAAGUGGAGCACAGCUGGUGGAGAGAAGCCUCAGGAGCUCUCCAUUGCUGGAAAUGUGGCAACUGCCAUCCUGCCUGGCUUGCAGAAGAACACAGACUACAAAAUAUCCAUCUGGGCCUACUACAAAGAUGGUGCUCGAAGUGACACAGUUUCCAUUCAGCACAGAACCACUUCUCGGAGCCCACCCACCAACCUCUUCAUAGACUCUGAGAGCCCCACCAGCCUCCAGAUCCAUUGGAAGCCACCCGAGGGUCGCAUACAACACUACAGAAUCACCUACAGUCCUGUUUCUGAUCCCAGCACCCAGCAAACAAUCAUGGCUUCUGGGAAAAGCAGCAGUGUGACCUUGCAGCCGCUGCUGCCCGAUCGAGCCUACAAGGUGGCAGUUUCUGCUGUCCACUACACAGGAGAGAGCGAGAGCACAACUGCAACGGGUCGGACGGCUCCUGUGAUGUCUAAACUGCCUUCAAUACGAGGAUUUGUUCCAUCUAAGACAGAAGCCUGUCCCCCCAUCAGCUCUUCUGCAGGCUCCGUACGAGGAUUCGAUAUGAUGGAAGCAUUUGGCUUAGUAGAGAAGGAAUAUGCCUCCAUUAAAGGAGUGGCUAUGGAGCCAUUCGUAUUUAGUGGCUCCCGCACCUUCACCCUGUUCAGAGACAUUCAGCUCACCCUGAGGACCAGUGAUGUCCACCUCUUCACCAUCCCACCUGAGCACACCAUCAGCAUCCUCCUGCGCCUCCUGCCCGACACCCCCAAGGAGCCCUUUGCUGUGUGGCAAAUAACCGACGAGGACUUCCAGCCCCUCCUUGGUGUUAACCUUGACCCCAGUAAGAAAACCUUGACCUAUUUCAAUCAUGACUACAAGGCUGAUUUGCAGGAAGUCUCCUUUGACCAGCAGGAAGUGAAGAAGAUAUUCUAUGGGAGCUUUCAUAAGGUACACCUUGCAGUGAGCCUUUUCAAGAUCAAGCUCUAUCUGGACUGUAAGAAAAUAGCAGAGAGACCCAUCAACACCAUUGGCAGCAUCUCUACCGCUGGCUUCAUCAUGCUGGGAAAGGUGACACGAACCAGAGGGCCCAGGAGUGGAUCAGUGUCGUUCCAGCUGCAGUCAUUGCAGGUUGUGUGCAACAGCUUAGGCGCAGAGGAGGACCGAUGUUGUGAUCUUCCUGCACUGAGGGAUGAGGAGAGCUGCCCCAGCAUAGCUCCUGCCUGCUCCUGCACUUCUGGCCGCCCAGGCUUGCCAGGUCCUCCAGGCCCCCCUGGCAGCCCUGGGAGGAGAGGACCACAAGGCGAGCAGGGGGAGCCAGGCCCCAAGGGUGAACCAGGCCCACCUGGAAAAGUGGGACCAGCAGGUCCGAGUGGCCAGCAAGGCUCCCCAGGUUCCCAAGGAAUCACAAUUCAGGGCCCUGUGGGGCCACCAGGUAUUAAAGGAGAGAAAGGAGACACUGGAAGUCCUGGCAUGCAGGGCAUUCCUGGUGUGCAGGGAGCUCCAGGCAGAGAUGGUCUUCAAGGUGCAAAGGGGGUGAGGGGACUGGAAGGCACAGCUGGGCCCCCAGGACCUCCUGGACCAAGGGGUUUCCAAGGAGUGACAGGCUCCCGGGGCAGCAGUGGAGAGAAGGGACCUCCAGGUGACGUUGGGCCAACAGGACUACCAGGUCCAAAAGGAGAAAGAGGAGAGAAAGUGAGUUUUCCUGGUACUGUACAUCAAGCACUUGAAAGAUUGGAUGUGGGGGAACCACAGUCCUUGGCCACAAUUUACCAGCUGGUUAGCCAGGCUUGUGAGCGGAUGAUCCAGAGUCAUGUGUUGAAAUUUGAUUCAUUCAUUCAUGAACAUGCAAGGAAGCCGGUGCCUGUUUGGGAAGAAAGACUGAAGCCAGGAGAGCCAGGAUCACCAGGUCCUCCAGGUCCUCCUGGGAGCAAUGGAGAAAGAGGAGAAAAUGGCAUCCCUGGUCAGACAGGAAAAGAUGGGUAUCCUGGAGAAAGAGGUGCCCCAGGACCCAAGGGAGAAAAAGGAAUGGCUGGAGUCAAUGAGGAAGGGAUCCAAGGACCCAGAGGCAGAACAGGCCCACCAGGAGAAGUUGUGCUGGGGAAACCAGGCCCAAAGGGCUACCCUGGGAACACCGGUCCUCAAGGUUUUCCUGGUGUCAGAGGACAGCCUGGGCAGCCCGGAUACUCAGGGGGCUGUGAUGUCUCUGGAUGUUAUGGGCCAGGUAGAAGAGAUUUCAUCCCUUGAUGGCCGAUGUGGAGGCAGCUGAGGACAGUUCUUUGCCCUGGAAGUCGCUGGGUAAAAGCUCCAAGAGAAGCAGCAACCUGAACAUCAAAUGUGUUUGUGCUUUUCUUAUUUCCCACUAUUUCUAUACGGACAUAUCAAUCAAAUGAAGCCAAUAUCAAACUCACCAAACCAGCCUGAUGAGUCUCAGCCAUCCGCUGUUUUUCAGUGCCGGACACCUGCAGUAUUCAAACUCACACUGUGUGUCCCACAGCAAGGCACACAGCCAGAGCCACAGGCUGACAGACUCGUAAGAAAAAGAAAUAAUGUAUGGAAAUGCUCAGAAAUAACAGAUUUUUGCCCAUU